UUAACACGUGUCACAUUUUCCUCCCCGCCUCCGGAGGAACUCUGCUCCACGAAGCGCUUUGGCGAAAUUUGGUAAACGGUGGAGAGCGAUUUACGGGGGGAAAGAGAAAAGAAAUAAGCACCUUCUUCGCUGAUCCACCUUUGUUCCUUUCUUUUCUUUUCUGCAGGUUUCGAGUGAUUUGUUGAUAUUCUGUGUAAUGUCUGGCGUUGGCGAGAACCAGCUCAUCUCCAUUGUACCUGAUGAACUCAAAUUCCUUUUUGAACUUGAGAAACAGAGCUACUGUGAUCUCAAAGUUGCCAACAAAACUGAGGACUAUGUUGCUUUCAAGGUGAAAACAACAUCUCCAAAAAAGUAUUUUGUAAGACCCAACACUGGUGUCAUUCAGCCUUGGGACUCCUGCAUCAUUAGAGUUACUCUACAAGCGCAAAGGGAGUAUCCUCCAGAUAUGCAGUGCAAAGACAAGUUUCUCCUUCAAAGUACCAUUGUACCUCCACACACUGAUGUUGAUGACCUUCCUCAAGACACUUUCACCAAGGACAGUGGGAAAACAUUAACAGAGUGUAAGCUUAAGGUCUCGUAUAUCUCCCCGUCUACAACCCAAAGAUCCUCUGAAUCUGGAGCAAUCAAUGGUGAUGGAAACGGCUCUGAAACCAUCUCUACUAUACAGCGGCUGAAGGAAGAGCGAGAUGCAGCUGUUAAGCAAACACAACAGCUGCAGCAUGAAUUGGAGAUGGUGAAGAGACGAAGAAACCAGAGUAACAGCGGGUUAUCCUUGAAGUUGGCAGCUUUGGUUGGACUCAUUGGACUCAUCAUCGGUUUCAUCCUAAAACUCACCUUAGCUUCUCCCACAUAACCACUAUCAGCAGCUUCUCAACAUAUGUAACCGCAGGAAUCAAAACGGCGCUUCACAUUUUGUGGGUAUUCUACUCUGUUAACUCUCUAUAUCUUUCUCUAUGAUCUUCUCUUCUUUGUUUUGUCCAUCAAAUUUGCUUCUUUGUCAGUUAUAUUGGAUGUACAUUUUUGACUCAACAGACCCUUCCUUAUACGAAUUUACUUCUCUACUA